ACUAUAUAGGAGGCAGAUCGGAGUCAUCUCUGGCCAUGUCUCGGGGGAGGUCCCAGCACGUCUACUCUUGGGCCUCCGCCCCAGCGGGUCUCUACCUUCUGGACCUGGUGGCCGAGGGACGAGACACCCAAGUCACCCUCUAUGCCACCAAACUACCCGGAGUGCCCGCGGUGUUAAGGAUCCGCCAGACUCCCAGGUUGAGGCUACAACCUCGUCUUCACCGGAACAAAGUGACUCUCCGUUGGGAUCAGAGUGUGGUGGAUCCUCAAAUGAUGCACUACUUUGUCGUGGUCAACUCCAGACAAAACUUCUCUAGUCUGUGUGAGGCUAAACAGCCUGUGGAAGGAGUGAACAUUCUGUAUCUCAGCGAGAAACCUUCCAGUCAGGAAAAUAAGGUGCACAAGAAGGAUAUCGGAGUCAGCAACCACUUCAGGGCCAUCGGCACAGUGCUGGACAAGGAUGAUGUUUUGAUUACCAAUGUCAGUGCUGAACGCAGCUUCACCAUCAGCAGCCUACAGAAGGGAAGGGAUUACUACUUUAAUAUAUUUGCGAUGAACAAAGAUACCCAACUCAGCUUUCUUUAUGCGAACGCAGCCUUUAAGUAUGAGAUGAAGCUACGGCCAACAGGGCUAAAGGAUAACAAACCUGUCACUGUUAAUAUCAGGAAAAUGGGAGGAAGAGCAUUGUUUCGUUACAAGGUGAGGGCUGGUCAGGCAGGUGCCGUAUCCACACUCCGCUGGCAUGUGAUGCCGUGUGGAGGCUCUGUGGUGGUGGAGGUGAGACUACGCAGACAGACUGUGCUGCCCAGGCUACUGGUGGAGGGAUACAAGCUACUGCAGGUCCCCAACGUGUUGCCUGGACAACGCUACACUCUCAUAGUCUUCGUGCCCGACGCUCGUCAGAUGCGACAGAUACUCGGGGUGGAGGUCCUAGCAACUACGAAGCCAUCGCUGAUGCCACUGCUACCAACAGAAGCUAUGGUCCACGAGUACUCGGAGAUGAGAACUUGCGAGUCUAUCACUGUUGCUUGGAUGCCUGUCACCACACAGUCAGUCAGGUAUUGUGUAUCUGCUUCUCCAGUUCCAGUGGCAGAGUCGGAGGCACAUUUCCACCCAAGACCCAACCAAUGCAACCUCGACUACAGACUCCGCACACAGCUUGACUUUGCCGUCAAACAUUGUCAGGACUUCUCAGCGAACGAUCACAGGAAUGUUCUAGUACAGACAAUAUCAAAACUUCGUCCUGGCAAGGAAUACCUAAUACAAGUCACUGUCAAGAAAAUCAAGGGAAAAGCAUUGUCCUACGACCUGUUACGAGCGAGGACGAAAUCAAUUUGUUAAGUGCAAGUGUAUAUUCUCAAUUGAUGUAUAGACUGAUUUAUUGAUUGUACUUAAUCCUAUCUAUUAUUAUUAGUAUUAUUUAUUGAACAACUUAGUGCCAAACAGUUUUUUAUUUGUUAUAUUUAGUUAUUGUAAGCAGCUAUUUGUGAAUAAGUGAACUAUUUUUGUAC